CCCGGACGUAACUUGGCGCCAUGGCCAUGAAAGACUGUCAUCGUGUUUUCGUUCAGAUGAUGAUGGAGAAACAGCUGGUUUGUGAAGAAGUGGCUGUACAGUCGAUGGAAAGAAUAUGCGAAAAGUUUUCGGCUGACUCACCUCGUGGAGGACUGCCGAGCUUCCUGAAGGUCAUCAACAAACAUUUGGAGACCGUUUCUAUGGUGAUUGGUAGAGGAAUAUCAGAAGAUGAUGGAACAGUGUGUUAUGCAUUUGUGAACACACAUGAUGAUCAAUAUGCGAAAUUGGCUCAAAGUUAUGACUUGAAAUUGAUUGAAUAUUUUAAGAAAGUGCUGGAUUUCAUUGUAAAUCACGACGGUGUUGCCUCGUCUACUGAUCUCCUCAAUGCUGCUUCAAGUUUGGAAAAGAAGUUGAAGCCAUCUGAUGCCAAUGCUGCACUUCAUCAGUUCGCCACCGAUGGAUGGCUCGGCUUCAACAAGAGAGCCGGAGAAUACUCGAUUGGCAUUCGUGGACUGAUUGAGUUGAAGCCGUACCUUCGAGCAACGUAUGACACUCUACCAGUGUGUGAUCUGUGCCACGACGUGGUAAUAAAAGGAGCAUGGAACAACCACAAGAAAGUCCACAAUCAUUGCAACACUCGGGCAGCAACUCUCAUGUCUCAACGUGCACACCCAAACUAACGAAAGGAAACACAACGGCAGAUGAUGAAAUGGAUUGUGGACAUGUUGUAAAUUUAUAUCAACUAUUUUAUGCCAGUCUGCAUGCACACCACGUUGUAGUUUGUUGAGUUGUGUUUAUUAGUCUAUUGUUGUUAUGUAGACUGGACAGACAGUAAGUAAGUAAAUAUGUACUGUAGUUGAUCAUACAAGAUGACGAUCUCAA